AUGACCGUCGCAGUCCUUAACAACCUCGAGGAGUUCAAGAGCGCGAUCAACGGCGACAAGCCGGUCGUCAUUGACUUCUGGGCGACCUGGUGCGGCCCGUGCAAGAUCAUCUCGCCCAUCUUCGAAAAGUUCUCCGAGCAGUUUGGCGACAAGGUCGCGUUCUUCAAGGUCGACGUCGACGAGGCGCAGGACAUCGCGCAGGAGGUCGGCGUGCGCGCGAUGCCCACGUUCAUGGCGUUCAAGAGCGGCGCCAAGGUUGGCGAGACUGUCGGCGCUGCGCCCCCCGCGCUCCAGAACCUCAUCACUGGCCUUGCGGCAUAA